AUGGCCGCCGCCGCGCAGUACCUGCCGCGCUCCGCCGCGCUCAUGCACCCCGACGGCGACCGCCUGCACCAGGGCACCACGUACCGCGAGGUGCAGAAGAUGAUGCACCACGAGUACCUGCAGGGACUGGCCCCCGCCGCCGGGCACGCCGUCGGGCUGGCGCACCACCAGUGGCUGCCCAGCGCCGGCACGGACUGGGGCAGCGGCGGGGGCGGAGGGGGCGCGCACCUUCCGCCCGCCGAGCACGCCAAGGGCGGCCCGCCGGGACCCCGCGAAGAGCUGUCGGCCGCCGCCUUCCACCACCGGCCGCACCUGGUGCACCAGCCGGCGGCGGGCGGCGCGGCGGGCGGCUGGGCGCAGGGCGGCGCGCACCACCUGCCGCCCAUGUCCCCGCCGUCGGGGCAGCCGCUGCUCUACGCGCAGCCCUACGCGGGCCUCAACGGGAUGCUGGGCCCGCCGGCGCCCGCGCUGCACCACGGGCUGCGCGACCCGCUGGGCGCCGAGGAGGCGGGAGGCCACGAGCUGGCGGCAUCGCCGCCGCCGCUGGGGCCGCCCGAGCCGUCGGACGAGGACGCGCCCAGCUCCGACGACCUGGAGCAGUUCGCCAAGCAGUUCAAGCAGCGGCGGAUCAAGCUGGGCUUCACGCAGGCCGACGUGGGGCUGGCGCUGGGCACCCUGUACGGGAACGUCUUCUCGCAGACCACCAUCUGCCGGUUCGAGGCGCUGCAGCUGAGCUUCAAGAACAUGUGCAAGCUGAAGCCGCUGCUCAACAAGUGGCUGGAGGAGACGGACUCCAGCACGGGCAGCCCCACCAACCUGGACAAGAUCGCGGCGCAGGGGAGGAAGAGGAAGAAGCGGACGUCCAUCGAGGUGGGCGUCAAGGGCGCCCUGGAGAACCACUUCCUCAAGUGCCCCAAGCCCUCGGCGCACGAGAUCACCUCGCUGGCGGACUCCCUGCAGCUGGAGAAAGAGGUGGUGCGGGUCUGGUUCUGCAACCGGCGGCAGAAGGAGAAGCGCAUGACGCCGGCCGGGGUCCCGCAUCCCCCCAUGGAGGACGUUUACGCACAGGCGGACACUUCGCCGCUGCACCACGCGCUGCCCGGCGCCGUGCCGUGA